AUGGUAAUUUACUACAGGAAGAGUUUGAGAAGAGCUCAGUAUGAACAUGUUUGUCAUCUUUCCAGACUGUCAGACUGCGGCAUAAAAGGAAAGGGAUAUGCUGCGCUGGCCACAGCUCUGAAAUCAAACCCUUCACACCUGGAGGAGCUGGACCUGAGAGGAAACGACCCUCGACAUGCUGAACUGAAGCUCCUCAUUGAUUUACUGCAGGAUCCUGCCUGUAAACUCAAGAGUCUGAGGGUGUUGAGCAGUGAUACAGCAGAUGAAGCCCUGGUGUAUCUGACUUCUGUUCUGGGUGGAAACCCCUUACUGCUGACAGAACUGGACCUGAGAGGGAAGAAAACAGGAGACUCAGGAGUGAAGCAGUUCUGUGCUCUACUGGAGGAUUCACAAUACAGAGUGGAAAAACUGAGGCUUGGUAACUGCAGUAUAACGGGAGAGGGCUGUGCUGCUCUGAUUUCUGCUCUGACAUCAAACCCAUCACACCUGAAAGAGCUACAUUUGAAUGAUAAUGUAAUUGGAGACUCUGGUUUGAAGCAGAUCUCUACUCUACUCAGGAAUCCAGAUUGUAAACUACAAAGACUGGGCUUGUCAGACUGUGGUGUAACAGGAGAAGGAUAUGCUGCUCUGGCCUCAGCUCUCAAAUCAAACCCUUCAUACCUGGAGGAGCUGGACCUGAGAGGAAACGACCCUGGAGACUCUGGAGUGGAGCUUCUUAUGUCAGCAGUGACCAAUCAGAAGUGCAAACUCAGGUUGUUGUCUGAUGAAGCAGAGAGAGCCUGUGAGUAUCUGACUUCAGUUCUGGGUAGAAACCCCUUACUCCUGACAGAGCUGGACCUGAGAGGGAAGAAACCAGGAGACUCAGGAGUGAAGCAGUUCUGUCCUCUACUGAAGGAUUCACACUGCAGAAUCAAGAAUCUCAUGUUAGUGAUUUAAUGUGUUUUUUUCUGUUUAUUUAUGAAGUAGUU